UUGCUCACAUGCGCUUAAUAGCUUCAGUAUAAUGCGACUUUCUAAACCAGUAUCUGCUCUCAUAAGGACAUAAGGAGUUUGUGGUCUUAGCUGGCAGGUUUUCACACCUCCUUUGAACUCUAUAGAGCACAUAGCUGCCUCCGCGAUCAACACUGUUUCCAGAAUGGAGGCCUCAGCCUGAAAAAGGGAACCUUAGGAUUACAAGCUCUGGGGGAUUGUAAGGGACAGCGUGCAAGUGUGCAGGUAUGAGAGAGCAGAUUGGGUCCCUGUUUUGCCGGCUGCAGCAUUGACUUUACCAACUGCACUCACGCUGCUGGGUCACUCUUCAGACGUGAAUGCAACCCCUGGUGACCCGCUUCAACAAGUCUUCAUUCAGUUUGCAGCACUAGGAAGAGCAAGGAUAAAAGACUGAAAGUGACACAAAAAAGAGUGAGCAACAACAGCAGGAGCAGAUCACUCGAGUCGGGGCCCUCGGUUGGAAAGGAACUUAAAACCCAAGACAAAAGGAACGUGCAAGAAAAGCAUCAAUACAAAAGACAUUUCUGAGGAGUUGGACAUUUAGGAACACCAAGGGGUACGGAUCUUUAGCCUCUGUUUCACCCUUCCUUGAAUUGCUCCUUCUAUCACAUUCACCGAUCUAAACCCAUCAUGCCUGUGGAGACUCUUCGUCCCUCAGAUGGUCGUCUGACUGGAACACCUUUUACUUCAGCCAUGCCUCUCCGAAUCUUAAACAAGGGCCCAGACUAUUUCCGCAGGGUUCUUCAGCCAGGUGUACGCAAGCUGAGUGCUGUGGAGCGCCUGGAGGCUGAUAAGGCCAAGUAUGUGAAGAGUCAGCAGGUUGCUCUCACCAGGCAGGAGCCCAUCAAACCCCCAGUGAUUCGCAAGCCACUGAUGUCUUCGGCCAUGAUGCUGCACACACCACCGGCCAGGAAAGUCCCCCGCAGACCCUCAGACACUGAAAACGGGGAACAGGGGCCAUGCAGGGCAACACCGCUCAACCUGGAUGUUCUUAACAAUCUUAUCAACAUCUCUGAUGGGCCCCAAUCUUCAUCCCCUGCUCCUAACUCUCCUUGUCCCUCAGCCAUGUCUGGGCAGUCAGUAGAAUCUCAGCAGAGUUAUGGCUUUAAUGGGCAUUUUCUUUUGAAGCCUGCUUUUUCUUGCACUUCCUCUUCUCUCAACAACCAAAUCCAGCCUGCUUCUCUUACUUCUCCUACUCCAGAGCCGAGCCAUAGGCCUCCACCUGUACCAACCCGAGGUCCUAGACUCCCUGCACAGGGCAAUUACAGCAGCCCAAACCCUGUGACAGUGCGGCGUGUUGAUGUUCGGCCACAAGCAGUGAUCAGGAAGCCCCAGAGGAUGCCUCUACAGCCUCAUUCCAAACCUCCACAGCCCCAGCCUAAACCCAGACAGAUACCACAGCCCCAGGCCCCACCCCCCCACACAUCAUCCUUUAAAUCCCCAUCCCUCCCCUCACACUCUCCAUCGUCCCCCUGCCUGCCCUCCAGCCCCCUGUUGCUACGAGCAGGCAUGCUACCCCCUGCUUCACCAGCCUGUACCCGCUUGUCCUCUGCAAGCUCACGGGGCUCAACACGCAGACGCCCCUCACUGCACCGCUCCAAAUCAGACCUAAGUGACCGUUAUGCACGUGCCAAUGCUGACCUAGAACGCUUCUUCAAUUACUGUGGUUUAGAACCCAGUGAAUUGGAGGGUAUGGGCAUGGAACAUUUUGGACGUGCCAAUUCUGAUAUAGUCUCCGUUUCAAAGCUCCGCAGUGUCAGCACACCCAGUUCUGAGUGUGGAGAUGAAGGGCACGCUUACAGGGAGGAGGAAGAUGAUGAUGAUGAUGAUGGCCCUCCAAGGCCUAGUGAACGUGUUCCCUACGGCAUCUCAGUCAUUGAGAGGAAUGCACGUGUGAUCAAGUGGCUCUACGGGAUCCGACAGGCUCGGGACGCUCAAAAUGUUUCUAAUGUAUAGGUGCCUCAUUGAAACACCAAAACACUGGUGAGAAGGAAAAUAAUGGGGACAGAUUCAGAUGAAACAUCUCAUCUCAUGCCCUGACUUAAUGAUGUCUUUUGCUUUUUGAAAUAUAUUUAUUAUUUUUUUGAGACUCUUGAAGAUGAUAUUUUGUGCUGUAUAUUUGUGAUUAGUAUGGAGUAUUCUUUAUUUUCCUUACAGUAAGCUCAAGGAUACAUUUCAAUUAUGUUACAUCAUGAUAGAUAUUUUGUUGUCGCAGCCCAUUGUUGUUUCUUUUGGCUAUGUAAUUUGGGCUGUAAUGAUUUACCUCAACGGGAGAGAAGACUGGAGCAAGCUUUAGAUUCUCUGCACAUUGACUUAGAAAGUGAAAGUCGUUUAAAGCAAUAAUUAAAGGACUAGAUACUAAGAGCCAUGAGUGUGUGACUGAAUGGAUGAUGCUGAUGGUUGUAAUGAAUACGGCAAUAGGCCAGCUGUAAUGUUGAUAAUCAGGUACUUAGUCUUUAUAUCAGAUUUAGACUUUUUAGCAAAAAUACUUUUUAAAAAAAAUCAAAUAUGCAUUGAUGAGGGAACUGUGGCCUCCAAUAUGUCAAGUGAACAAGAGUAAGGGCUUAGUUAUGAUAAACCAGGUACUGUUUCAGGAAGUGAGUGCAACUUUCUGAGAGGCCACAGAAAUAUGCAGUAAGCUACAUGAAGGACAAGGGCUGCAUCUGAAUACUCAGUAGGUAAUAACGACGGUUAAGUACUUACUAACUGACUGUAACUGUAGUACGUUCUAUGAGUAUGCGAGCGAGUAGCAAGGACACAAUUUAGACGUACUCCAGUGCCAUUUUACCCACCACCUGACUCAGAUAAUCACAGAUGACGUAUGCUGCAAAAUAAAUAUAUUUCUGCAAUGGCAGAAAUGUUUAAACAAUUCCUGAUACUUCUGUACAUCACGUGCAUCACUGCAACAACUGGCUUUGCUUCAGACAGCCAUCUUCUUUCUAUUUUUCUUGGGGGAUUUCUUCUUCAGUUAUUCGGUGGCUCCAGCUUAAUUAUGGGAUAGUAUGAUGUAGUGUAGCGUAAUACGUUUGCAUACUAUUGAGUAUUUGAACACCCUACAUACCCGUAUUUGAACACCCUACAUGCUUUUUGUCUCCUAAUAGCAUGGAGAUAUGCGUAUUCGGAUGCAGCCUAGGAUUAGGAAGCAAGGUCUAAUCAGCAUACAUUACACUAAGAUAUGUUCAUAUACACACGCACGCACGCGCGCACACACACACACACACACACAUGCAUACACACAUAUACACAUACAGUGGCGUUUAAAAUUUUGUGAAUCCUUUUGAAUUUUCUAUAUUUCUGCAUAAAUAUGACCAAAAAUAUCAGCAGAUUUUCACACAAAUCCUAAAAGUAGAUAAAGCGAACCUGAUUAAACAAAAUUAGACAAAAUAUUAUACUAUGUCAUUUAUUUAUUAAGGAAAACAUUCCAAUAUUACAUAUCAGUGAGUGGCAAAAGUAUAUGAACCUCUAGGAUUAGCUCAUCAGACUGGAAAAAAGUUACAGAACUGUCUAAAUAGUUUGGACUCCACCAAACCACAGUCAGACAGAUGGAAGAAAUUCAAGAUCAUUGUUAUCCUCCCCAGGGGUGGUCAACCAACAAAGAUCACUCCAAAAGCAAGGUGUGUAAAAAUCCACAAGGACACAAAGGAACCCCGGGUAACUCCUAAGCAACUAAAGGCUUAAAAAUCUGAUGUUUUAGGUCAUAUUUAUGAAGAAAUAUAGACAAUUCAAAAGAGUUCACAAACUUUCAAGCGGUAGUGUGGAUGCAUGCACUCAAAGGAACAUUCACACACUGACUACUGGUCACUGUGCAAAGAGUUGUUCUGUCAGCAUCAAGCGUGAAUGUGUUGAAGAGAUAAAACGGGUGUGUUGAGAUAUGGCACUAGUGAAGUGCAAGACACUGAUACUGUGAAGGAACUCCGAGCAGCUUUAAACAUGUUCCUUUAAGCAUCUUUUGACACACGGCUGUGAUUUUGUCAGCAUGUAAGAGCUUCCAUUAGCAUGCAUGCUUUUAUGUACAGGUGAAUGGAAAGCCAUUUUAGCAAAGCACCGAUGCAACUGAAAAACAUUCCAGCAUUUAAUGUUGAAAAAGAGUUUUGUGGUUUGGUUUUAUUCUGUUUUAUUCUGUGUUCACGCAGCACCAUUUCUCCCUGUGAAGGUUUAUAUAAUUUGGGAAGUAUGUUGUCAUGUGUCAGAUGGAUGCGGGAGGUUGACGUGAAAUAGCCUGAGAGAGCUGGAGUCAGUUUGUCACAACUCUCAGCUAUAAGAACACAGUCACAUCUCUUUUCUGCAGAGAUGAAUGGUUGAGGUUGUGAAACGGAAAUGUGACUUUGAAGGAAACUUGUAAUAAUGAAAAAUGUAGUGACAUUAUCUCUGGCCAGAAAAAGAAAGACAAAUAGCUGUUUUUCACUUUUUUCCUUUGUAGUUUUUUUUUUUUUUUUAAUUUUUCACCAACAGUCUGAUGUUACAACACAGCAAGCACUCAGGGUUUGCUUGCUUUUUUUAGUGUGCAGCCUAAUCUUUUUACAUGCAUAUGUCAAAAGUAAAACAUGUACACACAUGCUAAUAUUAUUACCUGUGUAGAAAUCACAUAAAUAUGCUUAGCCAUGUUUUCUGGGUUAUGAAGUAUGACCAGAGUUGUGUGGUCAGGUCAUUAAAGACUGGACUUCUGAUGUCUUCUAAUGAUAUUAAUAAACAGAAAAUGUUUUGGAAGAA